GCAGGCGUGCUAUUUGCGGCAGUGGAGUCCUCUGCGAAAUGUCUUUUGUAUGCCCGAGUGGUUUUUUUAAUUUUAUUUAUUUUUUUCUAUUUUCCAGGGGUCAAAUCAUAGUGUUUGGUAGCCAUGCUUUCUUGUCGAUUUAGCAGGCUGUCCUAGCUAAUUGAGUCGCUCACCAACGGUGGGUCCGGUGUAAUGCACAGCCGGGGAUGAGGCCUACUUGUUAAAGCUCCCCACCACCCCUCCAGACUCAUCGUGAUGGCUGAUGAUCAACAACAACCUGGUCAGAAGCCUACCUCGGGAUUAGGCUCUCUUCCAACGCUAGUGCCAGGACUCCAGGGGCCUGAAGCAAAUGCAUUACAGUUCAAAAUUAAGAAUUCAAUUUGCAAAUCUGUACAAUCAAAAGUGGACAACAUACUGCAAGAUGUUGAGAAGUUUACAGACAUCGAAAAACUCUACCUCUACCUUAAGUUGCCUUCUGGUCCCAGCAGUGGCAAUGAUAAAAGGACUGAGAGUCAGAGGGGGUCCUCCACUCCUGGAUUAUGUGAUCAGAGUUCCAUGUCAUCAAGCCGUACUCAACAAAUGUAUGCAUUCAACUGGAUACGGAAUCACCUAGAAGAGCACCCAGAGACUUCCCUCCCAAAGCAAGAGGUGUAUGAUGAAUACAAGAGCUAUUGUGACAAUCUCGGCUACAACCCACUGAGUGCAGCGGACUUUGGGAAGAUCAUGAAGAAUGUUUUUCCCAACAUGAAGGCGCGUCGACUUGGCAUGAGGGGCAAAUCCAAAUACUGUUAUAGUGGGCUGAGGAAGAAAGCUUUUGUUCACAUGCCUUCUUUACCCAACCUGGAUCUGCAAAAAUCUGGUGACGGGUGUGAGUUGAUGGAGCCGUCUGGUCAGUCACCCAGCGCUGAAGAUGAAAUGCGAUCUGCAGCCUGUGGCCUGGUGUGUGAGUGGGCCCAGAAGGUCCUGAGUCGUCAGUUUGACAACGUGGAGGAUCUGGCCCGCUUCCUGCUCAAUAGCCAUUACAUCGGCACCAAGUCCAUGGCUGCACUCACUGUUAUGACUGGGACACCCACAGGAAUGAAGACACCCACUCCAGCCUCUGCAUUUGUGCCCACGGCUGAGGCGAACUCUUUCCAGCCCCAGGUAAAGACCCUGCCCUCGCCCUCUGUUGACGCAAAGCAGCAACUGCAGCGGAAGAUCCAGAAGAAGCAGCAGGAGCAGAAGCUUCAUUCACCCCUGCCCAGCGAGACCCAGGUCAAGAGAACUGAGGCCAGUACCCCCGGCCCCACCAUCCCUUGUGGCAGCCCUGCUUUGCUCUCCCCCCAGCCCACCAUAGGCAUUGUAGUAGCAGCUGUCCCCAGUCCAAUCACGGUACAGAGAAGCAGGCAGCUGAUGACCUCACCCAGCCCUGUAGGGACAACAGAGGGAAAAGUGCUGCCUGUGAACUUCCAAGUGGUCACUCAGUCUUUGAAACAGUCCCCCAAAACUCCCCAGAAUAUCUCAGCUAGUCCUGUGGGCGACCGCCUGGCACGGCACCGUUACGCUCAAAUCCUGCCCAAGCCCUCUGCCACUAGUGCCAUCACCCUGCGCUCGCCGCCCACCCUGCUCAUCACCAACAGCCCCAUCAAGACUGUGAUGCCCACUCCCCAUGUCAGUUCGGUCAAUGUGGUGAAAAUGACAGCCAUAUCUCUGGCUCCCAGCAGCAGCAGUAGUAACAGCAGCAGCACAGCCCUGCGGCCCGCCUCGACGGGCGUGAGUGCCUCUGCUGCUUCAGAUGAUUCCCAGCAGUCCCACAGUGGGACGUCAGCCACCCCCCAGUCUCCUGCAAUCAGACCCAGUGCCCCAGUCUCCACCCCAGCCCUGCCUGCUGACACCAAAGCGGUGUCUGAGGCUGGAGGUGACACUAAUGUGACCCCUGGCACAGAGAAACAGAGCGCUAUCCAGGGCUCUGCUGUUGGGGCCAAAGAGGAGAGAGUGACUAAGUUCAGGGCUGCCAGUGAACCUAGUUUCCUUGUCAAGAGUUCUCCAGGACCAGACAAAGUGGCCAGGAAUAAAAGUGACUCCAUGUCCCCUCCCACCUCAGUAGCUGUAGCUGGGACUCAGGACAGCAAUAACAGUAACUGUCAUGACAGUACUUUGUACCUGACUGUUGAUAAUCAGAAUUCGAAUGGCAGCGUGUCAUCCAAUGGCUCCUCGGCUGUUACCCUGUUGUCUAAGGAUACCUGCCCAGACUCCAAGAGCCCCAGGAAGCGCACAGGCCCUGGUGUCGAGUCCCAUGUGAUUCCUGUGAAGAGAGUAUUUAUCUCCCAGCAGUCACUGGCUGUUGUUGACAAUCCUAAGCCUGGAGUCAGUGCUGCAGUGAAAAGGAUCCCUAGACCGGGGACCCCUGCCAGACCAGAGAGUGCCCCCUGCAAAGUGACUGUGAAACACACCUCCAUAGGGCCCACACAGAUCCUUGCACUCUCCGACUCACCGAUCACACACACCGAGGGCUCCCAGACUGUUGUUAAACCCCAGGCCUUGCUGGUGAAACACGAGGACCCUUCUCUCAGCACUGACACCAGCACUGCAGCAGCUGGAAACAGCACUUCUGAUCAGACACUGCUACAACAGAUCACCGGAGACCCUCGUGCCAUACCAGCCAACUCAGGAGCACACGAAGCCUCUGUGAUGAGUGACUUAAAGAGCACAAUAUGGGAGGAGGGACAGCUUGAUGAGCUUCGGAAGCAGGCAUUUGCUCAACAGAUACCAGCAGAACACAAACAAGCCCCUACAGACCAACUUUCGAUUAUAGCCCAGACCCCAGAGGCUUCAGGCCAGCUCACCCUCACACAAGAGAUGGUUGACUUUGCAGGCUCUCAGUCCAACAUGGACUACUUCCCAUUUAAUGAUGAUGACAUGACCCAGGACAGCAUAGUGGAGGAGCUAGUCCAAAUGGAGGAGCAGAUGAAGUUGAAGGGCCUACAGCCCUUGUUUAGUAGCUGUGUUGACAUGUCGCUGCAGGGCCAGUCAGCCAGCAACCAAGGCUCCAUCCUCAACGCUCACCAGGCUGGCACUACCUUUUACCACUCUGCCCAUAGCAGUACCACCCCCGUCCAGACACCCACUCCCACACCCACACCAACCCCAACACCCACCCCCACCUCUGAAAUGACACUUGGCCAUAGCCUGACAAGAGAGAGCCCCUGCUCCCGUAUGGCUCCCAUCACCCCUGUUGAUGGAACGAUGGGCCGCCACACCCCCAUCAGUACUCCGUUGUCCAACUGCAGUAGCAGCGUCCCACCGAGCCCGGUGGAGUGCAGGAACCCUUUUGCUUUCACUCCCAUUAACUCGAGUAUGACAGCUUAUCACGAUGCCAGCAUUGUCUCCAGCAGCCCUGUCAAGCCCAUGCAAAGGCCCAUGGCAACUCACCCUGACAAGGCCAAACUGGAGUGGAUUAACAACCGCUACAACAGUAACAGUGCCGGUCCUCUGUCCAACCACAGCAUCGGCAUUUUGCCCAGCUACCAAGACCUUGUGGACGACCAGUUCCGUAAGCCACAUGCCUUUGCAAUUCCUGGCCAGUCAUUUCAGCCCCAGUCGAGACAGGAUGCUCACUUUGGCCGUUUGACCCCCAUCUCCCCAGUUCAGCAGCAGCAGCAGCAGCAACAACAGCAGCAACAGCAACAGCAGCAGCAGCAGCAACAACAACAGCAGCAGCAGCAGCAGCAGGUAACCAGUGUAUCUACGCCCACUAAACAGGAGAGUUUCGCUGUGCCUGCCCCGCUAGACAACAAGGCCUCAACCUCGUCAGGGUCCAGCACUUUCCGCUGCCGCAGCGUCAGCCCUGCAGUGCGCCAGAGGAACUUCAGUGGAAACACUGGUCCGCCAACCACCACCACUACCACCACCACCACACGAGCCGUCGUCUCACCUUUCAACUCCCCCAUCACCUCUGAGGUCCUCAGCAUCCUGUCCAACAGCCAGACAGUCAGCUCUGUCCACAGCAUGGUGCAGCGUAGCCAGUCUGUGCCUCUGAACAUCAUGAUGGCAAGUGAGAUGCUGCCUGUGCAGGGCCAGACUAACACCAAGAUCACCAAUGUUCUCCUGAGUAAGAUGGACGCUGAUGGGGAUGACUCGGUCCGCGGCCUGGGCAUAAACAACCUCGCCUCGAAUUACACGGCCCGCAUGAACCUCACCCAGAUCCUGGAGACCACGUCAGGCUUCACUGGAGGCGCUGCCCACCAGACUCAGCUGCCUGUCAGCUCCAGCCCUGCUGCCUUUGAGCUCCAGCAGCAUGGCUACCUCACCAGCGGCAGUGGAGAACAGGUGAGCUUCUCCACUGGGGAUGGCCAAGCACAAGCAGGCCCUGGUGAGCAAGUUCAACAGCAGCAGCAGCAGCUCCAGGAGAACCCUGUGCAAACACAACCCCAGCUCCUCCUCCAGAGUACACAGCAGCAGGAGGCGGAGCAGGAGCAACAACAGCUGGAUUUCAAUAACACUGUCAAGGACUUGUUGGGGGAUGAUGGCCUGAACCCCAGCUCUCAGCUGGUGGGGCAGGUAGCCUCGGAGCUCAACGCAGUGGCAUCUGACUUCUCAAAUGACAUCAGACUGACCUCAGAUCUGUCCAGUAGCAUCACUGACCUUAACACGUUGGACACAAACCUGCUGUUUGACCCCAAUCAGCAGCAAGAACAAUAUGAAGACUCAACACUGGAAGAACUGAAGAAUGACCCGCUUUUUCAGCAGAUAUGCAGUGAUACUGUGAACUCUGGUUUUGACUGGCUGGAAAGCAAAGACCAGCCUACUACGGUAGAGAUGUUAGGCUGACAUUAUCUUAUAUUCUUUAUUAUUUCUGUUCCUUGUUGUUUGUUUGGUGUGUAUGUAGUAUAUCUGUUUUUAUACUAUAGUUUGAUGGGAUUUGUCUGGACUUUGCCAUUUGUCCUGUUAAAAGUGCCAGGCUUACCAGAAAAUCUCUCCUACUGAUGUUUUAGUUUUUUCUCUCCGUUAUCAUUUACCACCCUGAAUUAUGGUACUUAACCACUUUUCUCCCUCGUCUGAAAUCAGAAAUGUAUGCAUUUCAAGUAAAAGCGUGAGUAUUUGAUGGUAGCAUGCAGUUGUGAAAAGCAGAUUUCUAAGAAGCGAACAUAAAUAGAAACGUAAUCUUCCAUGUUAUAGCCAAUCAGCAAUGCAAUAUUUGUAUUUAACAAACACUUAAUAAAAGUGAGAUGAGUAGGAAAUUUGGCACAAAAAGACUUCACCAAAAAGAUGUAUGCUGGUGCAUACUGUUUUAAAAAGUGUGCAGAUCAGGUUUAACCAAAUGGAGGGACAAUAUUGGGAUUGUAGUAUACAGUGCAUUCAGAAAGUAUUCAGACACCCUUCACUUUUUUCACUUUUUAUGCUGCACCCUGAUGCUACAGUCGUUUAAAUUCAUUUUUCUCUCAUUCAUUUACACCCAGUACCCUAUAAUGACAAAGUGAAAACGGAA